CCCCAUCUGCAGAGAGCCAUGCAGACGGUUUACCUCCGAGAGGUGUUCAGCAUGCAAUGGGAGCAGCAGCAGAUGGACGAGAAGGAGGCCACGACCCUCAGAGGUUUAUCAGCACAUGCUCACAUAGAGCUGCCAUAUUAUUCCAAGUUUCUCCUGAUUGCUGCUUACCUAGCUUCCUUUAACUCUGCUCGCACAGAUCGCUGCUUCUUCCUCAAGGUGUAUUGGAGCAUUCUGAUCUUUUCUUUAUUAUCUACACACUAUCACGAGAUCUUACUGAAUCAUGACUGCACCUUCGUGAAUUAUGUGAUCACUAAAAAAAGAGGCUUGUCUUUGCUUCAGAGUCACGGGAAAAUAAGAGACUAA